CGAGCAUAGUGGAGCUCAGAGUUGGUAGGUUCAAUUCACAGCAGUUGCUUGGAUCACCGAAAAGUUUCUUUAAACCGCGGAAAUGCGGGGGGCAGUCGACGUGAGAGAGAGAGAGAGAGAGAGAGAGAGAGAGAUGGACAUGGAGAUCGAUGAACCCCAGAAGACGGAUGAUGAGGCAUGCACUUUGACGGACGAUGAACUCUUCCGAGCAGCCGAAGCCGGGAAGAUCGGGGUUCUCCGGCAACUCUCCGGAGAUGAAAUCGCCAGAGCGUCGUCCCUGAGGAACGAAGAUGGCCGGUCUCUCCUCCAUGUCGCCGCUUCUGCCGCCCAAACUGAGGUAGUGGACUAUCUGUCAUCACUUGAGCAAUUUUCGGGUUGCAUCAACAGUAAGGACGAGGAAGGCUGGGCACCCCUUCAUUCUGCUGCAAGCAGUGGGCGCGUAGAUAUCCUCGAAAUUUUGCUCAAUAGAGGGGGUGACAUCAACUUAACAAACAAUGGUGGCCGCACAGCACUUCAUUAUGCAGCCAGUAAAGGUUGGCUGAAGAUGGCUGAAGUUCUUAUAUCUCAUGGGGCAAAGAUUAAUAAAAAAGAUAAGGUUGGUUGCACACCACUUCAUCGAGCAGCCAGCACAGGUAACAUUGAAUUAUGUGAGUUUCUGAUUGAAGAGGGAGCAGAAGUCGAUGCUCUUGACAGAAGUGGGCAGACGCCUCUUAUGCAUGCUGUAAUAUGUGAGAACAAACAGGUGGCCUUACUUCUAAUACGGCAUGGAGCAGAUGUUGAUGUAGAAGACAAGGAAGGUUAUACUGUGCUUGGGAGAGCUUCUGAGGAUUUCAGACUUUCAUUGAUCGAUGCUGCAAAGGCCAUGCUUGAGGGGUGAAUUUUUAGAAACGUUUGAACCCACAGGAAAAUGGAGAGAAGACCUUAUUAGAUGAAAAAUAUCACGAAAAUAGAUCUUUACCUUUCAGUCGCAAUUUUAAUUUUGUACCUCGUGUGUGUGGAUAAGUUUUCUCGUGGUAAUGAUUUUGUUCUCUUUGAUAUCGUGGAAAUCAGAAAGGAUGACAUCUUUCUAGGUAA